AGUUGAUUCUGACAUGAAACGGAAAAAGAUAUCAAGUAUACUUCUAUCAAAAUUUUUGUCACAAAUUUCUUUUUGUUUUAAAGUGUCUCGUGAGUAUUUUCCAAAGAAUUAGCGUUUUUAGUUGUAAUUUUCUUUAUUGUGAAAUCUUCGGUGUGAUAGUCUUACAAAAAAUAUCAAUUUAAUAAUUGUGAAAUUGAAAUUUCCCGCGCUUCCAAAUCAUAUCGAUUCCGGUUCUGCCAUUUCAUUUUUGAUCUCCGCGGCGCAACGGAGCACCAUUCUCUUAUAAGAGUGUGGUAAUUCUGUCCGUUAACUGUGCUUCUUUAAAAAUAGUAUACACAAUUUUUUGUAUGAGUCAGAAGGUAGAAAAACCAGUUCUAUCCGGUCAACGCAUCAAGACCAGAAAAAGAGAUGAAAAAGAGAGGUAUGAUCCAACUGGGUUUAGGGAUGCAAUAAUCUCUGGACUCGAUAAAUGUUCUAACGACUUCGAAGCUAUAUCACGUUAUUUGGACAGUGCUGGUAACAAAUUAGAUUAUCGUCGCUAUGGCGAAUGUCUUUUCGAUAUACUCAUCGCAGGUGGAAUUUUGGUUCCAGGGGGCACACUCUCACAGGAAGGUGAUGGCCCAUAUAGAACGGAAGCGUGUAUUUUCAAUACACCAGAUGAAAUAAACAUGGAUAUAAUGAAAAACUGGGAACAGGUGUUUAUCAAGCUUAUGCGUCGCUAUAAAUAUUUGGAAAAAAUUUUCCAGGAUGAAAUAAAGAAAAUACUUAUGUUUGUCAAGUAUUUCCUACCGUCCGAUCGCAAGAAAUUAUCCGUGAUGGUGUAUAUUUGGAUAGCGAAUGGCAGCAUACCCUUUACAGCAGUACUUGUACUGAAUAAUUCUCAUUUGGUAAAAGACCACCUCGCGUUAGAUUUUCUUAUAGACGUUUUUAAAGCAUGGCGUCAAGAGAAAGGGGUCAAUUCACUACAUUCUGCUAUUAAAAAAUCCAAUAUUGAAUCUCAUUUGACGAGUUUCAUACCAGAUACCAAACAAUCGCAAUUGUAUUUUCGUAACGCCUUUCAGGAUAAUGGUCUAGAGGAAAUACUCAAACUGUACAACGAUCAGCACCAGCAAUUAGCCAAGAAAGAGCUACAGGUGCUUUUGGCGGAUAGCCUCGGUGAGAACAAACCUCUUCGUGAUAUAAUUAAUGAAAUCAAAGAGAUUGCUUUGAGAGAUAAUAUUCAAGAACACGAAAUUGCAUGUAUUAUAUGGACUACUGUCAUGGACAUUCCAGAAUGGUCUAAAAAAGAAGAACUAGUAACGGAACAAGCCGUUAGACAUUUAAAAUACUACACAAAUUUGUUUGCUGCAUUCACGGAAUCCGCGCGUUCUGAAAUUAAUCUGGUAUUAAAAGUUCAAGAUUAUUGUUAUUCGAAUAUGAUCUUCAUGAAGGCCUUUCAAAAAAUUAUAAUGUUGUUUUACAAAACCGACGUGAUCUCAGAACAGACCAUCUUAAAAUGGUACAAACAAGAUUACAAUGUUAAAGGCAAGAUGAUGUUCUUAGAGCAGAUGAAAGAAUUUAUAAAUUGGUUACAGAACGCGGAAGAAGAGAGCGAUUCUGAAGGUGAAAGCGAAUAAGAAAAUGGAUUUUGUUGGUUUUGAAUAAAUAUCAGUGCCACCUAUCAUCGUAAAAAUAUAUAAAGUAGCAUUUUUUCCAAUGUAUUCAAUUUAUAAUGUAUAAAAUUUUUUCUGGUGCCUUACUAUGUUGGUGUGUGGCAGGCAAUAGUUUGACUGGGGACACGUAACUUUGACCUCACUAAAAUUUAUUCGAUAAAUGUAAAAGUAUUAUAAGUGCAGGGGAAAAAAUGAUAUUUAUCUGAAAAUGUCGCCAAUAAAAUCGUAACUCAAUGUUAUAUAUAUAUUAUAUUAAUGAUUUACGAAAAACAAUUUUUUUAAUAUACAUGAAAUUUUAAUAAAA